AUGCUGGUCAGACGCCCAGCCUCGAAGAUACUGUGUUCCAAUUGCAAAUUGCGUCACUUUGUUCGCUCUCAAGCGUUUCCCCUCACCCGUACCGAUACAAGUCGCUUGCUUGCUCCCGCCUUCUCAUAUAGUGAGGCUAGCCUGCCGACAUUCUCUCGUCGACACACAAUCUUCAGUCAAACAAUGACGGACCGCUACAAGCUCAUUUACACCGUGCCAGCUUCCCACUUGGUCGCUACCAAAGACGCCGUCUUCGAAACGGGUGCCGGUGUCUACGACCAGGGCAAAUAUAUUCAAGUGGCCUUCGAACUUACUGGCCAAGGCCAAUUCAGGCCCGUAGCGGCAGCUGGGGCAAACCCUCACACAGGCGCAGUGGACCAACUUGAGCGAGUCCUGGAGUACCGAGUCGAGAUCCUAUGCUCUGACAUAAAUAUUGCGAAAGCCGCUGUGGCAGCCCUCAAAAGCGCACACCCUUACGAAACCCCGGCCUAUGAAGUCUACAAGUUGGAGGACAUUUAG